UGCGUGUGCGCUCGGGUGUUUGUGAGCGCGCUCCGCUACUUUUCACGGAGCUAAUGUUUCCCGGUGGCCGGGGCUGUGACCUGCUAUGAGCGGCAGUGGGUGUGUGUGCCUGCCACACGCACACGCACGCCCGAAGCAGCCCAUUUGCUGGAGGGGUGUGCAUGUGCGUGCGAGGGAGUGGAAAGGGGUGGCGGGGAUGGAGGAAGGGAAGGAAGCCAGGGGAAAGGCUGACACGCCGCGCACAAGGAGCGAGACCCUCCGCCGCCGCCGCCGCCGCCGGGGAGGAGCCCGCCCCGCUCGCAACGCCUCCAAAAACCCGGCCACCGGCCCCGGCGGCCCGCACCGGCCUCACCCCGCACCCCGCCGCCGUCUCCGGCCGCCCGGCAGAUUAAAUUUGGAUUGUUUGAAAAGCAGGAAGAUAUUUCACGUUAGUGCAAAAGAAGAUACAGAAGAAGAGAGCAGAAUGAGAGCUUCCCAAGUACCACAUGCCUGCAGCCUGUUAUCUUUAGCAAUGCUGUUCCUUCCAGUGACUGGAAUGUCAAAACAAAAUGUCCCAAGACUAAAGCUUUCCUAUAAAGACUUGCUGCUUUCAAACAGCUGCAUCCCAUUCCUGGGUUCAACAGAGGGGCUUGAUUUUCGAACCCUGCUGCUAGAUGAGGAGAGGGGCCGGCUGCUAAUCGGGGCUAAAGACCACAUCUUCCUACUCAACUUGGUUGAUUUAAACAAAAAUGUAAAAAAGAUUUAUUGGCCUGCAGCAAAAGAAAAGGUAGAAUUAUGCAAAUUAGCUGGGAAAGAUGCCCAUACGGAAUGUGCCAAUUUUAUCAGGGUUCUUCAGCCCUACAACCGAACCCAUGUUUAUGUCUGUGGCACGGGAGCGUUUCACCCUCUCUGUGGAUACAUUGAACUUGGAACUCACAAAGAGGAAACGGUAUUCCGGCUGGAUACUCAGAACUUGGAGUCCGGCAGGUUGAAAUGCCCUUUCGAUCCUCAGCAGCCGUUUGCUUCAGUGAUGGCAGAUGAGUAUCUUUACGCUGGAACAGCUUCUGAUUUCCUUGGCAAAGACACUGCUCUAACACGUUCUCUGGGCCCUUCUCACGACCACCAUUACAUCAGAACUGACAUUUCUGAACAUUACUGGCUUACUGGAGCAAAAUUUGUUGGAACUUUUCCCAUCCCAGACACCUAUAACCCAGAUGAUGACAAAAUCUACUUCUUUUUCCGAGAAAUAUCACAAGAUAGUGGCACGUCUGACAAGACUAUCCUUUCCCGAGUUGGGAGAGUUUGUAAGAAUGAUAUGGGAGGUCAAAGGAGCCUAAUAAACAAAUGGACUACUUUUCUGAAAGCCAGGCUUGUGUGUUCGAUACCUGGUCCUGAAGGAGCAGACACACAUUUUGAUGAGCUGCAAGAUAUAUUCUUACUUUCUACACGAGACGAGAGAAACCCGCUUGUAUAUGGAGUAUUCACUACAACAAGCUCUGUCUUCAAAGGCUCUGCAGUUUGCGUGUACAGCAUGGCAGAUAUCAGAGCUGUUUUCAAUGGCCCUUACGCUCACAAAGAGAGUGUGGAUCAUCGGUGGGUGCAAUACGAAGGUCGCAUCCCAUAUCCCAGACCUGGUACAUGUCCAAGCAAAACCUAUGAUCCGCUCAUAAAGUCUACCAGAGACUUUCCCGAUGAAGUCAUUAGCUUUAUUAAACGCCACCCACUGAUGUACAAAUCCGUUUACCCAGUGACGGGAGGACCGGUUUUCACUCGAAUCAAUGUGGACUAUCGGCUGACGCAGAUUGUGGUGGAUCAUGUCAUGGCAGAGGAUGGGCAAUAUGAUGUUAUUUUCCUAGGAACAGACAUAGGCACAGUCCUGAAAGUUGUGAGUAUCACGAAGGAGAAGUGGACUAAGGAGGAGGUGGUCCUGGAAGAGCUGCAGAUAUUCAAGCACCCUUCGUUUAUCUCAACCAUGGAGAUUUCUCUGAAGCAGCAACAAUUGUACAUUGGUUCCAGGGAUGGAUUGGUUCAGCUCUCUCUGCACAGAUGUCACACGUAUGGGAAGGCUUGUGCAGACUGCUGCCUUGCCAGAGACCCAUACUGUGCCUGGGAUGGAAGCUCGUGUUCCAGAUAUGCCCCCACUUCUAAAAGGCGAGCCAGAAGGCAAGAUGUCAAAUAUGGAGACCCCGUUGCACAAUGCUGGGAUGUGGAAGACAGCAUUAGUCAUGAAACUGCUGAUGAAAAGGUGAUUUUUGGCAUUGAAUUUAAUUCAACUUUUCUGGAAUGUAUUCCUAAGUCCCAGCAAGCCUCUAUUAGGUGGUAUAUUCAGCGCUCUGGAGAAGAACAUCGAGAAGAGCUGAAAGCUGAUGAAAGGAUCAUCAAAACGGAGCAUGGGCUGCUGAUCCGCAGCUUGCAAAGAAGGGAUGCGGGAGCCUAUUUCUGCAAAGCCCAGGAGCACACCUUUGUCCAUACCAUCGUGAAGCUGAAUUUAAACGUCAUUGAGAAUGGGCAAAUGGAAAGCACUCAGAAAACUGAGGAUGAGGAGGGCCGGGUGAGGGAUUUGCUGACGGAGUCCCGGCUGAGGUACAAGGACUACAUCCAGCUCGUGAGCAGCCCCAGCUUUAGCCUGGAUGAAUACUGUGAACAGAUGUGGCACCGGGAGAAGCGGCGGCAGCGGAACAAAGGUGGUGCCAAAUGGAAGCAUGUGCAGGAGAUGAAAAAAAAGCGAAACCGAAGGCACCAUGAGCCAGCCAGGCCACCAUCUACAUAGUUUGUAAAUGCUAUUUAAAGAAAGGACAUUUUCCAUGAAAAAAACUAUACUGUGUUCUAGUUUUGUGCAUCUUGCCUAUGAAUUAGUACUGCUUCUUAUUGAAAACAGAUAACUCACCAUCACUAUUAAGCUGUAUGAGACUGUACAAUGGGAUUCGAUACCAAAUGAAAUGUUCCUUAUUGGAGUACCGCACACCAGGCAAUAAUUUCAAAUGCAUUCAUUAAAAAGAAAAGAUGUACACUUUUAGCUACUUUCUGGGUAGCCUGAGGCUACGUGAGCUGUAUUCUGUACUUCCUGCAUAAUUUUCACAUAAGAUUUAGUGUCCGUGUUCCCUUGUUAGUAUUUGCUGCCACAUUCCACCGCAGGGGUGGGUACAUUUCAGGGGAGGGCAGAUGUAUUUCUAGUUCUUUGGCAUCCUUCUGAAUAAGAAGCAUGGUAGACAUGUGUGACAGAUCUGCAAAAAUACCUGCUAAUUUACCCAUUGGGCUUGUAUACAGGCACAUGGGUGGGGUUUGCUAGCACAGAGACACACAGCAAAACAUCACAUUAAGGAUUGGCUUAGGGACAACAUUCACACUCCCCAUAAAAAAAGAGAAAUCAUAAUCAUAUUUUAAAAGAGGGGAAUUAUUGAGCGUUACUCAUUAGAGUUUGAGUAGCCACCAGUUUGCAGUCCAUCUGCUGAAAUGAAAUGUUGACUCUAAUUGAAACUGCCACCGAGAUGCUUGGGAGUAAAUUUCCUAAGUGGUCUGUGGGAGGUAUGUGCACAAAUCCUAUUAACGAAUAAUGGGAUUCCUGCCUGCACUUCUCCUAUCUCUCCAAAGGUUUGACUCUGACUGUUUCUCUGGCCCUUUGCUAGCUUUGUUUUAUGCAGAGGAAAAGAAAAAUAAGACAACAAAGCUAAAACAAAAGACGAUGAGGGAAAAUAUUUAGUGGCUGAGACCAGUGCUCUUGACACAGAGCUGACAUUCCUCAGAUGUGUGUAUUCUUUGGGAUUUUCUCCCAAAGGUCUUAUGUAUUUUUAAGUUGAAAAUUUGCAUUGUUGGAAUUAAUACUUUUAUUAUAAUUAAAUAAAACAAAAGAUGUCCAUGUGUAAAUAAAACUUGUAAGUUAGAAAUUUGCUUUAUACCAUAAUUUCAUUUGUAAAGUGUUCCUUGUUCCUUGGUUCAUAUUUUGGUUUUAAUAAUGUAAAUUUUUCCAUAUAAGCAAGAAACACUGGCCUCGUUCUUGGCUAUUUUACGUCAAUGUGAUUUCAUUGAUUUUAUUCCUGAUAUGCAGCAACAAACACAAGCUCAAAAUCAGGCCUACUGUCUCUUCUCAUGAGUCACAGCCCCCCUUCCCUCUCUUCCAUCUAACCUCCCUCCGUUUUGCCUUUCACGCCUUUUUGAGUGUGAAAUGACAAAUUAGCCACUUCCUCACAUGGAAAGAGAGCUUUGAUGGAUACCAAAAUGACAGACUUUACUUGUUUCUCAUGCAUUCUACAGAUCUUGAGAGCAAAGUCUGUGGGAAACCCGUGUAAUUGGUGUGCACCUCAUUAAGGAACUGAAAACGUUGGCUCUGAAAUUUGUAGAUUCGCCCUUGCCCAUGCUAGUGUUUGUGUGCGCAUUCAGUCCCCGAUCUGUAAUUGUGUAGAUCCAAUUUGCAUCGUUGUUAAUUUCCUCUCUGUUGAAAGUCAGAUAUGGCAAAGUGUUUGUCAGAUUUCAGAAAGGAAUCUCAGCUUACCCACGUUUCUUGUAAAACCCAAAAGCUGAGUUUGCAUGUGUUGUAUAAAAGCCAGCGAUACCAUAUGUCAUUAAUUUUAGGUGCUUUUUUAAUAGGAGAUGUAUGAGUUAAUUAGGAGAUAUUAGAUAGCAUGCGUACAAUGCUUUGAUCGUGUAAAGCACUGAGUGCUAACUAUUAUAAAAUAUGUCUGUGGGGAGAAGGGCAUUUCUCAGCACAGGACCUUUAAUCAGCAGAGACACUGAUGCUGAAGAUACUAACCAGUCGUACAGUACUUUGAGAGCAGGCAGAGAACUUUUUGGCUUUUUUGCUGCAAAAUAAUGUAGGCCAGGCAUUUCACAAGAGGCUUGUCAUUUUGGGUACCUUGAUUUUAAGGCCAAUUAAGACUACUUAAAGGAGGGGGGCUGUAUUAAACUACUACAUAUAAAGCACCCUAAGACAGGGAUAUUCGAUAUUCUUGGCUGGAAGGUUAUACUGUCACCAUACAGAAACUGCCCAAUUAUUCCUUAUUAGAUUUUUAUCAGUCCACAAAGUCCCAUUUCUCUGACUUGGCCAUUAAGUAAAUGAGUAGAACCACACCAAGGCUAUGGAAUAACAGGUGGUCUGCAUUCGCAUGCACUGACAAAGGACCUACUCUUCUCCCCGGUGGUGACGCAGUACUUCAAUUAUUGCAUUUCAGACAACUCUCAUCACAUGUUUGCCUACUUCAUAAAAAAGUCAAUCAAUUUCUUCUUUGAUAUUUUUUCUCCUCCAUGAAAACUAAAUCAUCUGAUUUAUGUUUAGAUAUGAUUGGGGGUAUGUAUUCUGCAAAUGAACAGCUCUCCCUGACUUUAGUAGAAAUCUGGGAUGACUAAGGGCCUCAGUGCUGGGAGCAUUAGAUUUAAAUGGUUGAAUUAAAAUGUUAUUACUCUUAAAAACAACUUUCAUUUCUUUUAUUUCAAUGUUGUUGCAAUGAGAUUCUUCUUAAAGAAAUGACCUCAUCAGUCUGGGGUACAGUGGUAGCGUAAAACCUCAAGUGAGAUAUAAGGCCUCUUCCAUCAUGGGAAAUAAAUUCAAUAUCCUCCAAACCGGUGUGCUGUAUUGGGUUCAUGCCACCCCAGGGAGCAUAUUUAAUAAUAUUGCGUAGAUAAAAGUCUGUGUUUUGAUACACUGGGUAAGAUGUAUGCUAUAGCUGGCAGGGCUAGCACAGCUCCUCACGCACAGUGGGUAUUACACAUGCAAGGAGGCCGGAGGACCUUGGAGACCAGGGAAGGAGAGGGACAGGUCAGGGAUCGCUACAGGAGGUAAGACAGGGUUUUGUUAGGCAGUACUCAGCAAUGCAAAGGCAGGAGUAGGAGCAGGAGGAGCAGUGGGUCAUUCUACAACCCGCAGUCCUCAAGAAGGGUUCAGAGGAUGAGCUAUCCCAGAAACUGUAAAAGGAGAGGAUCCCCCUCUUUUAAAAAACUUUCACCUUCUGUAUAAUUUAAAGGCUUAACUCUAAGUCUGCUUAAAUUUCAAAUCAAUGAUUUGAGGGUCAGCUGGGCUGCCGUGAGCUAUACUAUGAGCCACAACAGGCCCAUAGUUAAAAUGAAACUGAGCCUUGACUCCUUCAAGAGCUCCAUAAAAAUGAAGUUAAACGAAGUUUUUGUCCAGAGUGGAAAAAAGUUGCCUCCACCUUAAUAACUGUAGGUUUUAAACAGAUCCCUUAGCGCAUAUGAUACAACAUAGAUAUUUAUUUACAUAUGCAUUCAACCGGGAGUCCAAUUAUUAAUACAUUAUCUUUUCCUUCAACAAAACUUUUCCAUUGACCCUACUUCAGCAAAAGGUCAGUGUUGGACUGAAGCGGUUUCAAACAGAUUCUUAGAAUAUCCAGCACAAUGUGAGCUGUAGUUAUAAAAAUGCUGAAAACUGACAUAAGCUUUAAAGCCCAACAGGGCCCUAAACUUCGUAGCGAUCUUGCAGUCAGUUAAAAUAAAACAGAAAAUGGGAUUAGCAGAAAAAGGAAUAAAGUAUUAACACUUAUUGUGAUAAACCAGUUCCGUUACUGGAAACUGUUCCAACAACAGGUGUGAAUGUGUGUUCAUGCCAUAAGCAAAUACUUUUCUCUCAAGCAGUUAAACUUACAUUGCUUGAGGUAUCUAAGAACCUGAAUACUUUCCAGUUCAUACGCAGAUUUUGGACCUGGUUCUUAUGUCACUUCUAAUGAAGUUAAAUGCAACAGAUUUCCUCUGGUUCAUGUGCUUUUGAGAUCAGAAGAUCCCUACAGUUCAAAUGCUAUGAUCCCUUUGAUCUAACCAUUAUGGGUAUCGAUCUGCAUUUAACAUUUCAGAUAAUGAAUAGUUAAUUGUUAUUAUUACUCAUUAUUCAUGUAAUGAGCCUGUGUCUCAUAAUAAUGCCUCAAUAUUUAAUAAUGACUAAUGGAAAUUGAGUUUGCUAAUGUUUUGUCAUAUGAGCAUAUGUGUAUAGGAUUGCAUAUACAAAUAUCUUAUUUUCUGUUCAUUUUGUAACAGAGGUUAAUUUGCAAAGGCAAAUUGAUUUCAAGAGUCAAGGUUCAGCUCAGCUUCCACUGACAGCAGAGAUUAAAAUCCUUCGGGAACUGAAUCGUAGCCUAAGUAGACUAUAAUCUAUUUAUAGUCUGGUAGUCAAACACCCAAAGCUAUGUAUUGUUCUGUAGAGUAUAUUGGCCUGGUUCUUCUUGCACACAGUUGUAGAUGAGACGUGGAGGUCUAAGGAAUUACAUCUGCCUGAAUGGAAAAUUAAGCCCACAUGUCUCUCUAAUAUAUUCUGUUACAUUUUAUAAACUUUAAAUGGUCUCUAUUGUAAUAUUUUACCAUAGUGUUGCUAAUAUUACCCUGAACUAGGCUUCUGUCGUUAGCUGAAGUGUGACAUUCUUUGCAGUUGUAAUCCAGAUUUCGAGGUUUGUAAAAUAAGUUCAUUACAGUAACAAAAAAGAAGGCAUGGGAAAAGAGUUUAAUUAUAAAUUCUACAAGGCAGAUUUGUAAGAUUUUAUUUCUCUAUAUAAUAAUAGUGGUUAUCCUAAAUGUGUUAGAAACACCAGUAUUUGUUUUCCUUUUUUGGUCAGGUAAGGAUACAUAACAAAUUGUAAUCUUGAGUUUAUCACUUGCCAAUGUGUGGCUGAAACAUCUGGUCUGACAGCUGUAGCAAGACUGGAUUUUUACUUGCUUGGUUUUUUUCUUCCACUAGUUAAACCCAUUGUCUCCUGCCUUUGAGACUCUCUGGUUUCUCAGGUAACCCCAGUUUUAUAUGGAGGAAUAUUUUGGGAUCUGGUGUUUCCUCAACAUAUAAACAUCCCUACAAAGUCCUAGUAUCACAGUCUGCCUUCAGACGAUGACUUUCCUAAGCAUUAACUUUUGCAUUCGGUUGCAGAUGCAAACCAAACACUGUGAGGUAAAUUGGAGACCAGAUGGGGUUUUCAUUUACAAAGGAAAUUUUUGGGACUGUUGCUUAGAGCUCUCCUUUCCCUUUUUGCUUAUGUGGUUGCUGUGUAUAAUUCUCCAAUUUAAAAUCAAAGCUUUUUGUGCUUUAAAGCAUAAGAUUUUCCAUGUGAUGUAAAAAAACACAAGAACAUUUCCAGGUGAUUUUUUUGAUUGAUAUGGACUGCUGGUUAAUCGUUUCAAACAGUACAAGCCAAGGAAAUCAUCUGUCCAGCCGUAGAUGGUUGUGAUAUUUGUAAGGAGCCCAGACACAUCUCGGUUUUGGUGGUGUUUCAUAUUCUGUUCCCUUCCUCUUAUGGUAUAUAAAUACUUCGGCUGGGUUUUGGGGAGUGGAAUGGUUUUUUUGGUUUGGUUUGGGUUUUUGCAAGGUUGUAUGGCAUUUUGUUUUUAUUUGUUUUGGGGUUUGGUUUUUUUUGGGGGGGGGGGGUUGUGGGGUUGUUGUUGUUGUUGUUUUGCUUGUAUGUGUGUGUUUGAUUUGCUUUUUGUGUUCUACUAAUAUUUUUCAUGUUAUUUCUCCUACUAAAAGGAACCAUGCCUAAAGCCAGAUGCUUUGUGAUGGUGCAACAUAUGACAAAGCAGUAAGAGGAACAGAAGGCUUGGGCAGAUAUUUUGGUAUGGAGGCAACAUAGUACAUUUGCAAGGGGCAAAGCCUUAUUGCUAAAACGACUAUGCUGAGAGUGUAAAGACCACUGUGCCAUUUCUCUGGCCAGGCUGAAGUCAAGGGUAGAUUUACAGAAGGUAUCUUUUUUAAUUUCUGAAAUAUUGUCAAUAUAAA